GUCAUGGGUGUAGGUGUAAAAAAACAGAGGGGAACAAAACGAAGUCUGGGGGUGUAUAUUGAUUUUAAAAUGCAUCUAAAUGCAGAUAUCUCAAGUGCCCUUCAGCUACUUGAAGAUAUAAAACAAACAGUUGACGACUUGGCAGACCCAAAGUUACAGAUUAACACUUGUCAAGAUUUGAAUCUACUCAUCUCAGUUCUAGAAAAUCCAGUUUUCAGAAGCAUUGUUACUGUACAGGAUUCUUUGAGUGAACUCAAUGAGCAAUUAGGUCAACAUCCCUCUAUCUUGCCUGUGGAUUUUGACAUAACAGCUGCAGGUGAAUUAGUUUUGAAUGUGCCACCAGCAGGUGAAUUAUAUGAUCCAGAUUAUGCAGAUGAUUAUCCACCCAACAGGGAUUUUGAUGAACAGAGAGUACCAUCUGCACCCAUAUCCCCUAGUUCACCACAAGUUUCAAACUUCAAUAGCUGUGACAAUAAAAUACUUUUACUCAACAGCCAAAAAUUGAACAGCACUAUACCAGAUACCCUACGCUUGCUUCAAAGCAACUCUACCUUUGGCCCUCAUGAUGAAGAUAUAAUUCAUCGCUCUCCUUCAGUUGGUAGUGAUGCCUCCAAAACUGAGUCAGAUAAUUUGAUAAGUAGUGAGUGGUCACAGGUAGAGAGUAUAGAUUUGAUCAAUGAUGGUACUGGCUUAGGUUUUGGCAUACUAGGCAUGAGAAAUAUGGGUGUAGUUGUCAAAACAAUUUUGCCUGGUGGUGUUGCAGAUAGAGAUGGAAGAUUGCAAAGUGGAGAUCAUAUUCUUCAGAUUGGGGAUGUUAACUUGCAUGAGAUGAACUCUGAGCAAGUGGCGACUGUUCUGAGGCAAUCUGGAACACAUGUUAGACUAGUUGUUGCUAGGCCAGUAGACAUAACCUCAACAGAGUACAAGUAUUUGGGUAGUUCUGCCCCCUUGGUGCCAACAAGGCUCCUGCAUGACUGCAUAGAGUUAGACAAAUACCUCGUUCAACAUAAGUAUUCCCCGAUAUUCCAGAAAUCUGUUGACACUGAUAUCUUCCAAUCUGAUUUGUCUAUACCUUUCGGGAUAUCUGGCUUGUCCAGAGUGCCUGCUUCACCAUCCCUGCCUUUGCUCAAUUUGGAUAUGGUGGUGAAGAUGCCAGAGAUGGAGAAGUUUGUGGUAGAACUGAAGAAGGAUGCUAAUGGCUUAGGCAUCACAAUCGCUGGGUAUGUCUGUGAGAAGGAGGAGCUCUCAGGAAUAUUUGUGAAGAGUGUCAGUAAAGGCAGUGCUGCAGAUGUGAGCGGCAAAAUCAAAGUGAAUGACAGAAUAGUGGAAGUGGAUGGAAUAUCCUUGCAAGGUUACACGAACUUGCAAGCCGUGGAGGUGUUACGCAACUGUGGAAACGUUGUCAAGUUAUGUUUGGAGAGAUAUUUGCAUGGUCCCAAAUAUGAGCAACUUCAGCAAGCUAUAGCAGCAAGUGAGAUAAAACCGGCCUCUCCGCCAGAUGUGCCACGAUAUCUCAAAGAAGAAGGAAGUUUAAAUCUUAACGGCGAGACUAACCGCGAAUCUCAUGCACACAAUGAUAUUUUCAACAGCCUCAUUAAGAAAAUCGAGCCUGUCAUACCUGUAAACGAAGAAUUGCUCAGAACGAAGUGGGAAAAAGUAAUGGGCCCAGACACUGAAAUCAUUAUCGCGCAACUCACCAAGUUCGGUGAAAAGGGAGGCUUAGGUAUAAGUUUGGAAGGUACAGUCGAUGUGGAAGACGGUCAAGAAGUGAGGCCCCACCACUACAUAAGAUCCAUCCUGCCGGAAGGGCCAGUAGGAAAAAACGGCACGCUAAAAUCCGGCGACGAACUGCUGGAAGUCAACGGCCACCAGCUUUUGGGCAUGAACCACCACGAGGUCGUGAGCAUACUCAAAGAACUGCCAAUGGACGUGUGCAUGGUGUGUGGCCGCAGUCCCUUGAACCUGUUCACCCAGCGCGAUGAUUCAUUCGCUGAAAGAGCUUCCCUCACCCGCAGCUUGCACAAUUUACUCCCAGCCUCGGACAGGCUGGUUAAAGCCAAAUCUGACGGGUCUCUAGCCAGCAGCACUGCAGUCGGCCCCUCUGAUCCCGCCUUCACCAAGAUGAAGUCCCGCUCUCUGGAGCCUCUUACCGGACUAGCGAUGUGGAGCUCCGAACCGCAGGUUAUCGAGCUGGUCAAAGGGGAGAGAGGCUUGGGGUUCUCGAUUCUGGACUACCAGGAUCCGGCAGAUCCGAACGACACGGUGAUCGUGAUCAGGAGUUUGGUGCCCGGAGGAGUGGCGCAGCUGGAUGGGCGGUUGAUCCCUGGGGAUAGGUUGUUGUUUGUUAAUGAUACGGUGUUGGAGAACUCGUCGCUGGAUCAGGCCGUGCAGGCUUUGAAGGGGGCGCCUAAGGGGAUUGUGAGGAUAGGGGUUGCCAAACCGCUGCCUAUACCUGAUACUGUGGCGCACAGUUCUUUGGUCGAUGUCGAUCCGAAUCGGUAUGUGACUAAUAGUUCUUUUCUUAAUUGAUUUCGUGGAUCCUUGGUUGCGAGGAUGGACGUUUUUUAACUAGAAUGGGUGAUACGAUAGUCUGUUCCACUCAGGGUGGGUGUUUUGUCCACUUUUUAUUUCAAUAUCAUUCAGUACUUGAGACAAACGGAUGAAAUAGACAAAAGGAAAAACUGAUUAUAUCAUCUAUAAGUAAUUGUUAUACAUAUAUUCCGUUUAAUUUGAUUUCAUUGGUGACUUUAAGGUAAUUUUAUUCAACAUAAUGAUGUUUCUUAAUGAAUGAGGAUGAACUCAUAGUUACUUCAUUUUGUCCACUCGGAAAUAAACUUGGACAAAUUGUGCAUUUUGUCCAUAGUGACAAAAUAAAACCCACCCUGUCAACAUGCUAUUUUCCAAGUAAUUUUGAAGAUUGGUAAUUCUCUUAGUAUGUAGGUUGAAAAACCUGGUCUGACCACGCAAUCUAAAAUUGAUUUCUAAUGUUGUGUAAAGAUAUAACAUGACGGGAACAUGUUUGAAUGAUUACUUACCAAGUCCCUCAAAAUCAUUCAUAGUUGCUACAUAUGUAUUAGUCAAAUUUUACCACAAUGAACGUAAAACAUGAGAAAAUAUUGGAUGAAUAGGUAUUUCUUGAUAAAAACAUACAUAUUGAAAACUUUUUGGACGUCAACUUACAUUCAAGUUACAUCUCUUUGAAAAGCAAUAAAACAAAGUAUAAUCAUUUGAGGGAAGGAUUCAACAAUAUUUGACCUCCUUCAGUGAUCGCAGGUAUAACGGUUUCAAAAAAAUAUACCCACUAUAAACUACUCACUGCAGAUUCAAAUUAUACUGAUAAACUCAAGAUUUACGUAGGAAUAUCCACUGUCUGGUGUCUGCAUUGGCCGAAUGUCAUAAGUAUACUGAUCCAUUGACUUGAAUAUAAUUGGGUUGUAGGUGAAUAAUAUCAUUAGUCAAUCAGUAUACAAUCAUGAGUAGUAUGAACAAGCAAACAAGAAUGCAGGGUACUAGUGAUAUUGAUAACUUUCAAUUCUUUUCAUUAUAUUUACCAUUGUAGUAAAUUAACGGUGGGUAUUCAUAAUUCGACCGAUUCAAGGAAUGUGCAGAUAUCGAAUUUUUAGAGGAAUAUGAUAGAAAAAGUUUCUGUUUCUUUUUGUUUAGAUGAUGACAAAUUGAUAUUCAUCACAGGGCGUAGAAAGAAAUUCUGAAUUGAGAAAAAACCCAAUCUAUAAAAAUAGAAAAUUUUCAUCAUUCAAGUCUGAAGUCCUUGCAAUUUGAUGUCUUUUCAACAUUCGAACAUUUUCCCACAUUUUCACUAAAAGUAAAGAAAAAUGUUGAGAUGUUUUCUCAAAAUUAGCUCUGAAUUUGAGAUCUCUUCUUCAAAAUUAAUGAAAAAUUGUUUCUCACAUCACCUUGAAUAAUAAUUGUCUGGAAGGGCCAGAUUGAGAUUAGUUAGUGGAACAAGGAAACAAAGAAAUUUUAUUUUCAUAUCUGCUUAGAUUAUUUUGUACAUUCAUAAUAUAACUUGACAAUCAAAUUUCUCCUGCAGUUUUCAAAAUCAAAAAAAUGGGUGCAGCUACUUCUUUCUGGUGGAUUUUUUUUUUCAAAAAAUCUACCUACCAUCAACGUUGUUUGAAAAUCUACACUGUGUGUUGAGCUAAUUAAUUUAAAACAGAUAAUUUGGUACUCCUUGAAUAAAAUUCCAGGAACUCAAGAUGACUGAGAAAUUUUGGUAGAGUUUAUCUUUCUUAACUAAAUACUUACUCCAAUAGCAAAUUAUUGAAAAUCCACCAUAUUGAUAUUCCAAUGAGAACAUGAUAAUUCCUAGAUAUUUGUAUAGCUGUCCCUUCAUAAGCUUUUAUUGAAAUGAUUUUGUUGAGAUUCAUAAGGAAUCAGAUGAAACUUCUAUAACUAUGAGUACCUAUAAUAGGUUACCUAUUCAAUAUAUAGAUUAGAUAGUUCACAUACUAUUAUAUUAUUUAUUUUUGGAAAAGAUAUUUUCAAUGAGGAUAAUUUGAUUUUUAUUGGGUCUCUAAUGACCUAAAUGCAAGUAGAUACACCUGAAAUUGAUUUCAAUGAAACAAGAAUAAAAUGGAGUAUAUUUUAUUUAUGUUGUACCCAAUUGCCGAAAUUUGUACCCCAACGUCCACAACGUAUCAUAGAAUUCGUUAGACUUUUUGUAAUUAUUAUGUUUCAUACUCCCAAUGCGUUGAAGUUGUAAAUUUCGGCCAUUGACCGAAUUCGGCGGUGGAGUACACAACAUAAAGGGUGUUCAUUCAAAAAAUUACCACCCGCAAUAUCUCGUUGAGUAGACGGAUCUCAGAAAACCGCGGGAGACAGACAAACUAAAUAAACCAAACUUAUACAUUGACUUGCCCAACUUUUUUAUCCUACUUUCCCAACCUGAAGGAUUGAAAUCACAUGUGGAAAGGCUGGAGAUAUAUUUCGGAAAGUAGGCACAAUAAUAUACAUUAAAAUUCGGUGUAACGAAUUAACUUGAAAUGGAUGAUAGCACAUAUUCAACAGCGCUGAAUUAUUGAGAUCUAGUUGCUCAAUGAAUAAAAUAAAUACAAAAAUAUCGAAGUCAUUUCCACACAAUGUUCUUAAAAUGAACAACAAUGGUAGAUUUCGGGAGAAAAACAACUACUUUCCUGGCUAAUGCCACGCCGAACAUUGAAUUACAUCCUCCCGAAAUCUAUGCAUCGACUCGUAUAAACGAAUACUGAUACAAGUGAUUCUUUCCUGUAUGCCUAUUGAUUUCGAUUUAGCCAGGCCACGCUAGACACCUACAGACCGGUUUCGAGCUCUUUGACUCUCAUCAGUGCAGGGCAGUCUCCAUUCUUUGCCUGUCUUGGAGAUUUUCCGAGAACUGUCUACUAAACAAGAUAUUGCGAGUGGUUAGUUUUCAAAUGAACACCCGGUAUACACUAUUCUUCGUCACUAUCACGAUUUUAUUUGAUUGACAUGGGAUAUAACUGAUAUGGGUCCAUCCCUCUAAUAGCUUGAGGCUGUAAUUCUAGUAUAGGUAAGUAUAGGUAUUAUUCUCACAAUUCCUUUAGGUUAUGAUAUAUUUGGAGUAGAACUGAGAAUGUUAAUUUAGUAUUCUUCUAAAACAAACGUAUAUAGUAUUGUUUGGUGAGGUAUUGUUAGGUCAGUGGUAAAUUGUAUAAUAACACAUGUGUUGUCAUUAAUUUAUUAGGAACUCAGGAUGUGAAGAAGACUAUAUAGAUUUUGAUUUCAAGCUUCAAGACAAAUAACCGAGCUUGGGCAAUGUUACUUACGCACUGUUUACAUUUUUACAUUUUUUACUGUUGAUUGUUAUUUCAGGACCAAUUAGAAUGUUUUUUGGCAACAGUAGGAAAUUGUUAUAUCAUUCCUGACAAUAUAUUGAGAAUAGAUUGAGUACUAU